CCCAAAUUCCACGACCGAGAACACAGUAAUCGGGUAACUUCACCAACUUCACCCUUGACUCAAGCCGAACGUAUCGGGAUUCCAUCGUAAACAUCAACCCCUCCUAAUUACCAGAACGCGGGACCCUCACACCGCCGUCAUCAACCAACCAACCCACCACCACCCAAAAGUCAACAUGUCCAUCAUCCAGCAACACACGCAAGCAACGCUCAGCGACGCCUGGCGCACCAUCAACAUUGACGCUCUCACCGAAGACUCGUCGGUCAACUUUGACGUGUCGACGCUGCACCCUCCCCUUCCGGAAAUCAGCGAGGCCGACGCGCGCGCCAUCAACGGCCAGGUGCGACAGCUGCUCAGGGGCGGCGACGCCGAGGGCGCCUUGCGCGGAUGUCUCGAGAUGCCCGUCUACGCCGGGUCCGAAGCGGCCAAGGAGACGCACCUGCACACGGUCAUUGAGGUGCUGCAGAGCAUCAAGGCGAGCGAGAUGACGCCCAUGUUGCAGCGCAUCUACGGACAGCCAGGGGGGAGCGAGUGUUUGGAUGUUUUGAUGAAGUAUUUGUACAAAGGCAUGGGCGCCACGUCCGCCUCCUCCGAUGGCUCUGGUAGGACGACGCCCGCUCGCGCCAUGACUCCCCAGGCUACCGGUUUCAGCCAAGUCAGCCAGCGCCCUAUGGCUGCGAACGAAUCGACCGGUUCGGCUAUGAGUGUUUUGUUGAGCUGGCAUGAGAAGGUUGUCGAGGUUGCUGGGUUGGGUUGCAUAGGCCGCGUCAUGACCGACUUCCGGAGGGUAUAAGGAGGUUAUGGAAGGGGGCAAGAGAAAGCUGGUUAUCGAGUUGAAGCGAUGCGAUGCGGUUCCGAGCGAGAUAUACGCCAUCAUACAGCAAUAAUACAUAACGCAUUACAUAUCAAACUGG